GCACUCUCAAGCUCUUCACGAUCCUGAUGCGGACGCCUUCAUCCAACAUCAAUCAACCCAAAUGCAGUGGCCAACCUCUCACUGUGCCAGCGUCGAGCAUCCUCUUCUUCAACAUCGGGCAUCACCUCAUUUGUGUUAGAAGCAUACCCAGCUAAUCCCAACAAAGAAGUCAUGGACCUUGCCGCCGACCUUCAUUGCACCGCAGCCUGGCUCCUUCCGUACACCCUUUGAUCCAUUGACUCGACUCACUCGCAUCGUAACUCCUUUUCAGCUCAUAGCUUUCUCAUAGCAUACUUGCCAACUCGAUUUUCCUAUGAAUUCGGUAGGCACACAGCGAGGACCGACUGCACCCACUUCCCCUGGUCCUGGUCCAGAAGACUCUCAGGCCUUACGACUGCAUGGACGAGAACGGCUGCAGCGCCUCUCUCGAUCGACCGACCGACCGACCUGCGAGCGCCCGGCGAUCAUGGCGUUCCUCGCGAUGGCGUCUCAGCUUGGCAUAGCCUCGAACUCUUGUCAGGCGUCAUCAAUCGCACCGGAUCGGUCCUAGGCUACUACAGAGGUAUUUAAACAGCCAAUUUAAAAAUUACCGGAGGCACAUCGUCGAACCGUUCGCAGGCGAAGUAUUUAAACAACCAAUUAAAAUUACCAGCCGUAAAAUGAUAAUUUUAUAACUAUCGAGGGCAUUUCUAAAAAGCCAGCAAAUUAUAGAUGCUAAAAUAAAAUAAUCUUUGAGUGAAAACAACCAAAACCAGUUUAACGAAUCGGUUUUUUUGGAAAUUUUCGCGUCCGGCAUCAGAUCUUUCCCCUAUAAAUACAGCAACUUCUCUGACCUCUCCUCUGCUUCAAAGUCUUUCCGGUUCUACUGUGUCCUUGGUCGAGCAGGCCUCUUUCUUUGCUGAAUUCUUCCGAGCCGACCUCCAAUUAGGCGGUUUUUGUUCUUUCUCAACAACCAACAAGAUUAGCGAUCUUGAAGAGAGCCGAGCCCGGCUCCGUCUUUCUUUCCUUCAGCGCGCUGCCAUGAGUCUCGAUUGGGUGCUGAGGCCGUGCUGCGACCGGUGUCACUCGACGUCCGACCUCUAUGGGAGCAAUUGCAAGCACAUGACGCUGUGUCUCGAAUGCGGCAAGGGCAUGGCGGCAAAUCGCGGCCGCUGCCGUCUAUGUGGCGCCUUGAUUACUAAAUUGAUCCAGGAGUACAACGUACAGCCAAUGGCCAACACUGAUGAGGAUUUCCAUAUUGGAAGGUUCCCCUCUGGCUUGCCUCCAUUUUCAAAGAAUAGUGCAGAAAAUAGGUGGUCUCUUGACACAGAAGGUCUUCAAGAACGUCAACUAACUGACAUUGUGGAGAACGAGAAUAAACCAUGGAUAUUGGAAGAUGAGACUGGCCAUCAUCAGUAUCAGGGUCAAGUGGAGGGCCCACAAUCUUCGACUGCUACUCGUUAUCUGUUAAAGGUGCAUGGGAGGGAUUGUUUUGCUUUUGCUGUUCCAGAUGGUUCCAGGUACAAUUUCAGAAAAAUUGCACAAGGCAAGCAACUUACUUUGGAAGAGGCUGAAGAAAUAAUGAAUAAAAGGAGGCACAAUGCAACUGGACAUGGGAGGUGGAUGAUGAAGACGACAACUAGUGGUGCUGCUUCUUUUCGUGAAGUAAAGAAGAACGAAGGUAUAAGCAAAGCUGAGGCUGACGAAGGCAGUCAAGUAAAGAAAUGGAAGAGCAAUGAUGAAGGAGAUCAUUCUGACAAGGGUGAUGAAGAUGAGGAAGAAUGGGAAACAAGAAAGAACAGGUUCGCACGUAACAAAUUGGGUGUUGAUGAUGAUGAAGGAGAUCAUUCUGACAAGGGUGAUGAAGAUGAGGAAGAAUGGGAAACAAGAAAGAACAGGUUCGCAGGUAACAAAUUGGGUGUUGAUGAUGAUGAAGGACAUCAUUCUGACAAGGGUGAUGAAGAUGAGAAAGAAUGGGAAACAAGAAAGAACAGGUUCACACGUGACAAAUUGGGUGUUGAUAAUGAUGAAGAAGGUGGUAAAGGAGGUGAUUUUAAUCUAGAUGAUGACGACGACAUCGAAAAAGGUGAUGACUGGGAACACGAACAGACCUUCACAGAUGAUGAUGAAGCUGUUGGUAUUGAUCCAGGGGAAAGAGAGGAAUUAGAUCCUAUUCCUACUCCACCUGAAAUUAAGCAGGAUGAGGAAGAUGAAGAUGAAGAAAAUUGUACACUGAGUAAAUCAGGGAAGGAAAUGAAACAACUGCUUAUAAAAGCUGCUAUAUUAAAUGAAUUCAAGGGUGAGGAGGAGGAAGAAGAUGAGGAUGAUGAUAAAGAUGCUCCUAAGGAUGAACCAGCCGAAACUAGUCCCACUAAUGCAGCACAGCCCUCUGGAUCUGGCUGCUCCACUCCUGCUGAAUCAAAAGCAAAGAGCGAACACAGUAGUGACGAUGAGAACAGAAAUGAUUCUCUACCCGUGAAGACGGAAAAUACAAUUGUUAAAGCUGAGGCUGUUAUGAAUUCAUAUAAACCUAGUGUGUCGACUAAACCACCAUCUACAGAAGCAGUUACUGAGGAGGAUAUUAGAGCUGCUGUUAUUGUUGCUGCUGAACCUGUGAAGUUACGGGAUUUAGCUGCAAAAUUCAAACCCAGAGUGAAAACUUCAGAGGAAAGGCACGCCUUUGCUGAGAUUCUCAAGAGAAUAUCCAAGUUACGGAAGGUCAAUGGUCAUAUCUACAUUGUGCUUAGAGACAAGUAGUUCUGUAUUCCAUGGCUCAAGCAGAAUAGUACACAAUGAAGCAUCGAAAAAUCUUUAGAUAGCGCGGUAGUAUGAGACGAAUUGAUCAUUUCUGGUUUGCAUGCCGAGUAGUAUAGCUCUUUUUAUUUGACUUGUUAUAUUUUUUUUAGACGAUUUACCAAAAGGUAUAUGUAGAUUUCCGAAUUAACCAAAAGCACACACUACUUUACUAUUUUA